CUCGCUCUUCACGCGCGCGCGCUCGCCGCUCGGCAGGAAGUUGUCGAGAUUGGAAAGGGUGAAAGAGACAGGACAGAAAACAAAACGAAGCCGACGCGACUUGUUGUUUAUGUUUCGGAAAAGUUAGGGAGUCACUGAAGGGUUGAGUAGAGCAGUCCGGGGACCACUGAAGGGAUUUACUACCGCAAAUAACGACUCGGAGGCGGAAUAUGGACUGAAUGGUGGCCGAAAACCCGAUGGAGGCGGCGAGAAGUUUUCGGUUCGUCCUGCUGCUCUGGCUUGUGGGAAAGACGGGAGUCGCGGCGAGAGAAGUAUGUCUGGGUACGGAUAUGAAGCUGGCAUUGCCCUCCAGUCUGGAGAACCAUUAUGAGAUGCUACGACUCCUUUACACCGGCUGCCAGGUCGUCCACGGCAACCUGGAGAUCACACACCUACAGGGGACGCCAGAUCUUUCCUUCCUCAAGGGAAUCGUGGAGGUUCAGGGCUAUGUGCUGAUAGCCCACGUCUCUGUGUCCGUGGUUCCUCUGGAGAAUCUGCGCAUCAUCAGAGGCAGUCAGCUGUACAACUCGAGUUACGCCCUCGCUGUUCUGGGCAACACCGGAGUCUCACAGCUAUCGCUGAGGAGUCUCACGGAGAUUUUACUGGGUGAUGUGUACAUCUGGGGAAACCCCCAGCUGUGUUUCCCCAACCCCAGGUCUAUCACCUGGAAGGACAUCAUGGCUGACGAGGAUCUAAACGGAAAACUGCAGCAUCUACAGUCAGCAGCACCUUACUGUCCAGCUUGUCCUAAAUCAUGUGACUCCAGGGGCUGCUGGGGGCCCACUGUGUCUGACUGCCAAACAUUGACAAACGUGCGCUGUACUUCAGGCUGUAAGCGCUGCAAAGGUCCCGACGCGAGCGACUGUUGUCACGUGCAGUGUGCUGCAGGCUGCACCGGCCCCAAAGACUCCGACUGUCUGGCUUGUCGGUACUUUAAUGACAGCGGCACGUGCAAAGACAACUGCCCUGCUCCCUCCAUCUACGACCCAGUGACGUAUCAGUCCAAACCGAACCCCAACAAGAAGUUCAGCUUCGGCGCCACCUGUGUGAAAAAGUGUCCCAAUAACUAUUUGGCCAUGGAUGUGGCGUGCACAAUGGUUUGCCCUAAAGCCAAUCAGGAGGUCAUCACCAACCAACCAGAUGGCCAGGAGACACAGAAAUGUGAAAAGUGUGAAGGAGAGUGUCCAAAAGUGUGUUACGGUCUCGGUAUGGGGAACCUCCAGGGGAUGACUGCCGUGGAAUCCUCCAACAUCGCUUCCUUCCAGGGCUGUAAGAAGAUCUACGGCAGUCUAGCCUUCCUUACACACUCAUUUCAAGGGGACCCGCGCAGUAAUUUAUCAGGCCUGCAGUCAAGUGACCUUGAAGUGUUCCGAACGUUAGAGGAGAUCACAGGUUACCUGUACAUCGAAGCGUGGCCAGAGAACCGGAGCGACCUGAGUGUGUUUGAAAACCUGAAGGUCAUCAGAGGACGAAUGCUUUACAAGGGUGUGUUUUCUCUGGGAGUGCAGUCCCUCCACAUCGAGUCUCUUGGCCUGCGUUCUCUGCGCCGCGUUAGCGGCGGCCUCGUGCUCGUCCACAACAACUCCAAGCUGUGUUACACGUCGUCUCUGCCGUGGGCCGCUCUGUUCUACCCGAAUCAGGAGCUCAACCUAAUCAGCAACAACAACCGAGACCCCAAAACCUGUGUGGCUGAGGGUCAUGUGUGUGACUCACUGUGUGCGAAUGGAAGCUGCUGGGGUCCCGGGCCGAGUCAGUGUGUGUCGUGUAAGUCAUUUCAGCGCGGUAUGGAGUGUGUGGAGCAAUGCAACAUCCAGCAUGGUGCCUUCAGAGAGUUCAUCGACGGAUCCUCUUGCGUUUCCUGUCACUCUGAGUGUCGACUAAUCAAUGGCUCCGCCUCCUGCACCGGCCCUGGAGCAAACAAGUGUGUGGAGUGUGUGCACUUUCAGGACGGUGACACGUGUGUAGAGCGCUGCCCGAGCGGCGUGAAGGAGGAGCAACACACCAUGUGGAAAUACGCCAACGAGAGCGGACACUGCGUGCCCUGCGCCACCAACUGCACCGUCUCCUGUACAAUGGAUGACCGAGGAUGUCCAGUUCACCAGAAAACUGGGCCCGGGACGACGAUAGCAGCAAUCGGUGGUGUGGUUCUCUUCGUCAUCCUGCUGGCUCUGCUCAUCUUCUAUCUGUGCCGGCAAAAGAAGCUGAAGAAGAAGGAGACUAUAAGGAGACGCCUGCAGGAGCACGAGCUGGUGGAGCCGCUGACGCCGAGUGGAGUACAACCCAAUCAGGCUCAGAUGCGCAUCCUGAAGGAAACGGAGCUGAAGAAGUUGCGAGUUCUCGGAUCUGGAGCUUUUGGCACUGUCUACAAGGGUAUCUGGACUCCUGAUGAAGAAACCAUGAAGAUCCCGGUGGCUAUUAAAGUGUUGCGUGAGAACACUUCCCCAAAAGCCAACAAGGAAAUUCUGGAUGAGGCGUAUGUGAUGGCAGGUGUGGUCAGUCCAUACGUGUGCCGCUUGUUGGGAAUCUGUUUAACCUCCACGGUGCAACUGGUCACUCAGCUCAUGCCGUAUGGCUGCCUUCUCGAUUACGUCCGAGAGAACAAGGACCGCAUCGGAUCUCAGUACCUUCUCAACUGGUGUGUGCAGAUCGCUAAGGGAAUGAGUUACCUGGAGGAGGUCCGACUGGUCCACAGAGAUCUGGCAGCCCGAAACGUUCUGGUGAGGAACCCCAACCACGUGAAGAUCACAGAUUUUGGCCUGGCUCGCCUCCUGGACAUAGACGAAACCGAGUACCAUGCAGACGGCGGAAAGGUGCCCAUCAAGUGGAUGGCUUUGGAGUCAAUUCUUCACAGGAAGUUCACUCACCAGAGCGACGUGUGGAGUUACGGAGUGACCGUGUGGGAGUUGAUGACCUUUGGCAUGAAGCCGUAUGAUCUCAUCCCAGCACGGGAUAUUCCUGAGCUGCUGGAGCGAGGAGAGCGCCUUCCCCAGCCUCUCAUCUGCACCAUCGACGUCUACAUGAUCAUGGUCAAAUGCUGGAUGAUUGAUCCCGAGUGUCGACCCAGAUUCAAGGAGCUGGUGAAUAACUUCAGCACCAUGGCGCGAGAUCCUCCACGCUAUGUUGUCAUUCCGAAUGAUGAGCAGAUGAGUCUGUCGAGUCUGGUGGACAGUAAGUUUUACCGCACAUUGCUGGAAGAAGAAGGAGGGAAUGUGAAGGAACUGCUGGAUGCAGAGGAGUAUUUGGUGCCACAACCCGGAUUCUUUGAGAACCAGGCUAACGGACUGACAAGGCAUCACUCACACAGGAGCACAGAUCUGGGACUGGAGACGGAUGGCAUACCAAGUGGGCGGAGCAUGCACUCGUCGGUCAGCACUUUGGGGCGGAGUCUAUACCCGACACUUCCUGCCGGUGCCACGGUCAAUGGAACCUGGGGAGGCUCUCAGUACCGCUCGCUGGCCCGAAGCCAAUCCCAUUGCUCAGCUGGCGGCCAGUCAGACUCCGUGUUUCUGGACGGGGGCAGGGACGAGCCACCCUCCAGUCCGGGACGCUAUAGUAAAGACCCCACUUUCCCCGGGUGCGUGGAUGGAGACUUGGAAGUGGAUGGGCCGAUAAGUUACCCAUCACACUCAUUGCCACGCAAAACACGCACACAACCAGAGUAUGUGAAUCAGGACGUCCAGUCAGAUCGGGCGAAUACGCUGCCGCGUAAAUCCACUGAGAGGCGUCUACACAACGGCCUAAGCGCUGGGCGCAGCGUGGAGAACCCUGAGUACCUAGUGCCCACGUCUCCCGCUUUUGACAAUCCAUAUUACUUGGAUCUUGUGGCUAAAGUGCCGGGUGGGGCUUCAGCAGUCGGAGCCACAUCACCCCCCAGGCAGGUGAACGGAUAUGUGACACCUACAGCGGAAAACCCGGAGUACCUGGGAUUGGCCGAAACCUGGAGCGGCCAGAGAGAGUGCACCUGAGAAGGGGCCGGGGGGGUCAGUGAAUGAGUGAAUCAGUGAAUGAGUGAGUCAUGCACUAUGUACUGUAUGUUCUAGGGCUGUCAGAUUGCUUUAAAAAUUGCAUCAUUUUAAUUAUUUAAAAUCUUUAGUAGUUGAAUAUUAAGAAAAGCAUGAUGUUAUCGAGCCUUAGCCAGAGUAGCUACACUGUGUUUUCACACAACGUAAACCACAGGUGAAAUCUGUGUCACAUUUUUUUAAUCAGAAGGAGAUGUCAUAGCAUUUAGAGAUUCAUAAGCUACAUCAUAGAUUAUUUAGAGCAAUUUUCCUACAACAGUCAAAAAAAAUGUAUGCAACCUGUUGAUUAAACUAACACAGGGCAUUGUAAGCAUGUGACUUUUUACCGUUGAAAAAUGAAAUAAUCAUUAAAUUAGAGUAUCUCUGGCAAAGUGAAAUUUGUUCUGACAGCCCUAAUACAUCCGAAACAGUGAAUGUCAUGGCUGGAUGAGUGAGUGUGUGUGUGUGUGUGUGUGUGUGGACACUUUCUGGUGAUGAUAGUCUGACCUACAGGAAACUCAAAUUCCAUCUAAGACAUGGAAUUUCCUUUUAAAAUCCAAUGUAGCAUCCGGUGUGUGGACAGCCUGGACAAUUUUUGUGGCAUCAUGUAAACGUCAACUGAAAGACGCAAUUCAGACAGUGAAUUCAGUGAACUUUGAAAAGUGAAUGUCCAUGGAUAAACCGAACAUGGUACGAGCCAGCAGGCAUGUAAUUAUUGGUAAACCAUAAAUGGUACGAGCCAACAGGGACGUUUUUUUUAAGACGACGCUAAUGAAGCACGUGAGAAUGUACGAACCAAAUGACACUGGAUCUGGAAAUCACUACUUUGACUAUUAUUUGGAUAUUCAUUUUGUUUUUUUUCUCACCCCAUUUCCCUCUCCGUUCCCACCACGCUCUUUUGUUUUUGGUCUUCCAAACAUGGCAGCUCAAAUCCGGUGUCAUUAGUGCUGCUGUUUCCAGGCUAAACUCUGACGUCUGGAUCGAGCAGCUUUUAUACUAUAUGUUAAUGUGAGACUCUAAAAGCGAUGGAGAAGGACAAGAGGCGGCAGGUCAUCAGUGUACAACACUCUCCUUGCAGCAGUUUAGUCCUGUUUUUAAUGCGCACGUCGACUUUCCCUCGCUGGAAUCGCCAUCAUUAUGAGGACUUAAGGCACUGUGGCACACAAUCAUCCUAAACUAAGAUAUGAUUUGUUCAGGAUUUUCACAAAAUUUAACAACUUUUCAACUUUCAGUCAGAGUUGUUAAUUUAUCAUCACGCCCGUUAUGUAGCAAGCAACAAAACGCAACCCAUGUGUUAGACUCCAGUUGUGUUGUUUGAGUGUGUUCUGGUGAUCACACUCUCAUUGCUGCUCUCAAGUGGCCACUUGUAAUGUCAUGAUGUAUGUGAUACACACUUAAGGGAAAGUCGAUGAAAGUGUGUUAUAAACAGUUCUGAAACCCAGGAUGUGGCAUAGUUCCCACUGUGACAGUUUAAUGGUACUAUUUGUGUAGAACAAGACCAAGUUGGUCCUUAAUGUGUGUUUAUAUAUAUAUAUAUAUAUAUAUAUAUAUAUAUAUAUAUAUAUAUAUAUAUAUAUAUAUAUAUAUAUGUAAAAAAUGUAUUAGUGGUAUUGUUUUUAAAUCACUUGCUUAAUAUCUCUUCAAUCAUGCCUUUAUUUUCUUACAUGACCAGAAGUGACAUUCAAAAUUACAACUAGUUGUUGUAAAUACAAGAGAAUUACAUCUCAUCAUGUCUUUUCUCAAUUCAGUAUGUGCCAUUUUUUUACUUUUUUUUUUUGUUCAAGUGGAAAUGAAGGUACAAUUUUUUUUUUUUUUUUUUUUUUUUGUCCAAUAACAGAAAUAGAGAAAACUUUGGUGUCCUUCUGAACUUCUAAACAAAUUAAAACUGGGAAAAAGAUUGACUUCUAGACUCAAGCAGAUAAAUAACUGGUUAUAGAGUAAAACAAAUACACAGUGUUAGUCAAAAGUUUUUGAACUUGUUUUUUUCCCCAUUUUAUUACAGUUUAUCCGCUAUUGGCAAUUAAAUGUUCUUAAAAGUGUUCCUAAAUCCCUAAAUCUUUGUAAGGACUACACGAUUUUUCCAAUGAAAUAAAGCCACAAAAUAAAUAAAUAAAUAAAAUUAAUUUCUAUAGGGGGUUCAAAAACUUUUGACUGGCUGCGUACGUCACUAUUAAACACACACAGUAUUUAAUUUAGAUAUGGCCUUCAGUUUUAUUUCUGCUUUCAUUUCCUAAAUUCUAAGCACCUGUGCAGUCUUUCACAUCCCGAUCCUCCACCUUAUAACCUUAUAUCAAUUUAUUCAGUUUAUUGCAUUGUUUUCCACAUAGUUGCAACACAAUCUGCUGUAAGAUUUGAAAAUGCGAAAAAGGUGAAAACCUUUUGGACAAAUAAGGGUACAGAUUAGGUUCUAACCUAUCACAAUACUGGAAAAAACAUUUCUGUGAUAAAUUUAGAUAAAAAGUUUAAAACAAAUAAGGUUGGUGAUAAGUUUAUUUAAUAGCUACAAAAUCAAACAUGGAAAAAAAAAAAAAAGAUUCAAAACAGUAGAAAAUGUUCACAUCGAAUCAGCUUCUUCCAGAGUUUGUAUUUCUUAAAAAAAAAAAAAAAAACACUUUUAUGAAAUAUCAUUUAACACAAUACCAAUAUUAUAGUCAUAUCACCCAAGAAUGUUGAGAAAGGAAUUUGUUGAAGCACUGAAAAAUGUUUAAACGUGUGACUCUAUGGUGGCAGCGUGAAGAGCUGUAGCUGUAGAGUUCAGGAAAAAAAGAGCCAGUAGUGCAUGUUAAGUUCCUGACGAAACAAAGAAUGGCUUGUGUUCCAGACUGGAGAGUGGGGUGGGGGCAGACGUCUGCAAACCCAGCAGUGUGAAACACUGUUUUAGCUCAAAUUUCUCGUACAUUUAUGCAACAAUCUUCAAAUUAUGUCCAGGGACUAUUCAGCUUGGGCAUCUCAACUUGGUCAUGUUAAUACAUCCUAAUACAGAAGAAGAGGCUAUGCUGAAGAUCCUGAAGACGAGCCACGGCUUUUGUAGUUUAAUAAUUAAGCUAUACGGCGUAUGGAGUUUGGGCCGAGAAGGAAAUUCAGAAAACUUUGCAACACUAAAGAGAAAAAAAAAAAAAUCGAUAUAGAGCACAUUGAAGGAGUUGUAAAAUGAAUUAUGAUUUUAACAAAAGUAUCUUUUUUUUAUACGUUUAUAUGUUUUGAGGCUUUUUUUUUUAAUCUAAUUUUUGUGGUAUUAUUUUACUGUACUUUUAAAUUUGUUGCACUCUGACGUCUGAAAACUGCCAACUUUUGUGAACGAGUACCUGCACCUGUGUGUAUAAUUUUGUGCGCAGCGUUUGUAAAGUCUGUUUCAGGUCGUGUCUUUAAUGUAUUACAGAUUACAGGCCGUGGUGUGUUUUAUUUUAUAGUUAUUAAGAAAAAAAAUGCUUGUGAUUUUUUUUUUUUUUUUUGGUAAAAACUAAUCAAGAUGUAUCAAAUGUUUCCAGUGGGUGAAAAAAGAAAAUAUAUUUGUAUAUUACGCAUAACCUGUAGGUCUUGAUGAAUUUUUUGAUGUGUAUUUUCCAUUUUCUUAACAUUUUCUUUUAAUUAAUAAAGCAUGCUGAUCAGG